CGAAAAUGACUUUAUUCUACAAAUCAUAAAGAUAUUGGAACAUUAUAUUUUAUUUUUGGAAUUUGAGCAGGAAUAGUUGGAACUUCUUUAAGCUUAUUAAUUCGAGCAGAAUUAGGUAAUCCAGGAUCAUUAAUUGGUGAUGAUCAAAUUUAUAAUACAAUUGUUACAGCUCAUGCAUUUAUUAUAAUUUUUUUUAUAGUAAUACCUAUUAUAAUUGGGGGAUUUGGAAAUUGAUUAGUACCUUUAAUAUUGGGGGCCCCAGAUAUAGCCUUUCCCCGAAUAAAUAAUAUAAGAUUUUGACUUUUGCCCCCCUCUUUAAUACUACUAAUUUCUAGUAGUAUUGUAGAAAAUGGAGCUGGUACAGGUUGAACAGUAUACCCACCUUUAUCAUCUAAUAUUGCUCAUAGUGGAAGAUCUGUUGAUUUAGCAAUUUUUUCUUUACAUUUAGCAGGUAUUUCAUCUAUUUUAGGAGCAAUUAAUUUUAUUACUACAAUUAUUAAUAUGCGAAUUAAUAAUAUAUCAUUUGAUCAAAUACCAUUAUUUGUUUGAGCUGUAGGAAUUACAGCAUUUUUAUUAUUAUUAUCUUUACCUGUAUUAGCAGGAGCAAUUACUAUAUUAUUAACAGAUCGAAAUUUAAAUACAUCAUUUUUUGAUCCUGCUGGAGGAGGAGAUCCAAUUUUAUAUCAACAUUUAUUUUGAUUUUUUGGUCAUCCAGAAGUUUAUAUUCUUAUUUUACCUGGAUUUGGAAUAAUUUCUCAUAUUAUUUCCCAAGAAAGAACUAAAAAAGAAACAUUUGGAUGUUUAGGAAUAAUUUAUGCUAUAAUAGCAAUUGGUUUAUUAGGAUUUAUUGUAUGAGCUCAUCAUAUAUUUACAAUUGGUAUAGAUAUUGAUACCCGAGCUUACUUUACAUCAGCAACAAUAAUUAUUGCAGUUCCUACAGGAAUUAAAAUUUUUAGAUGAUUAGCAACUCUUCAUGGAACUCAAAUUAAUUAUAAUCCUUCAAUUUUAUGAAGAUUAGGGUUUGUAUUUUUAUUUACUGUAGGGGGAUUAACAGGAGUAAUUCUAGCAAAUUCAUCAAUUGAUAUUACCUUACAUGAUACUUAUUAUGUUGUAACACAUUUCCAUUAUGUUCUUUCAAUAGGAGCAGUAUUUGCUAUUAUAGGAGGAUUUAUUCAUUGAUAUCCUUUAUUUUUAGGACUAAAUUUAAAUCCAUAUCUACUUAAAAUUCAAUUUUUUAUCAUAUUCUUAGGGGUAAAUUUAACUUUUUUCCCUCAACACUUCUUAGGGUUAGCUGGGAUACCUCGACGAUACUCUGAUUAUCCUGAUUCAUAUAUUUCUUGAAAUUUAAUCUCAUCUUUAGGAUCUUAUAUUUCACUUUUAGCCGUAAUAAUAAUUUUAAUUAUUAUUUGAGAAUCAAUAAUUUAUCAACGAAUUACUUUAUUUCCUUUAAAUAUAUCUUCAUCUAUUGAAUGAUACCAAAAUCUUCCACCAGCUGAACAUUCAUAUAAUGAAUUACCAAUUUUAAGAAAUU